GUGGAGAAUUUCACGGCCGGUGCCAAUUGGUCCUCUUAAUACUUUUCAUUCAUCAAUCAAACUUGCAAUCGAUUGGGUGUGAGUUCGGAGAGACGAAUGCCGGUCAAGGUCUCGACGAAGCGAGUUGGCUGGCGUGUGCAUGUAAAGGCGUCCGCAAGAAAGCAAUAGCAGCUUCGUCAAAAGAGCUACUGCUACUUCUCCAGGCAUCCAUGGGAGCAGCGUCGCUUCUCCGGCGCCACAGCGGUUUCCUCCUUCUCCUGCUGCUUCUCGCCGCCGGCGCUUCCGGUGCCGCGGCGCAGGUAGUGGUGGACGUGGGCGUGAUCUUGGACAGGACGACAUGGGUGGGGAACAUCAGCUGGACCUCCAUCGAGCUGGCUCUGGACGAGUUCUAUGCUGACCCGCGCUACGCCCGCUACAGAACCAGGCUCAAGCUCCACCUCAGGGACACCGGGCCCGACGCCAUCGACGCCGCGGCCGCAGGUCUCGAUCUACUGAAAAAUGUCGGAGUGCAAGCGAUUGUUGGACCGCAGACGUCAAGUCAGGCUAAAUUUAUUGCAGAGCUUGGGAAGAAAUCAACGGUUCCCGUCAUUUCAUUCUCUGCAGAUUGUCCGUCUCAGUUCGGACAAAAUCCAUACUUCAUCCGGACGGCAUGGAAUGAUUCCUCCCAAGCAGAAGCUAUCGCCUCACUUGUUGAGAAACACAAUUGGAGGGAAGUUGUGCCUGUCUUUGAGGAUGACGAUUCCAAUACCAGAUUCAUACCUGACCUUGUUGACGCCCUCAGACAAGUAGACACUCGUGUUUCAUACAGGUGUAAGAUCCAUCCUUCAGAUACAGAGGAUGAUAUGAGGAGAGCUAUCUCAAACUUAAAACUCAAUUGGACAACUGUGUUUGUUGUGCGUAUGUCGCAUGCAUUAGCCCUCAAGUUUUUCAAUCUCGCUAAGGAUGAGGGAAUGAUGGGCCAGGGCUAUGUCUGGAUUACCGCGUAUGGCUUGACAGAUAUCUUUGAUGUGGUUGGGUCUCCUGCUCUUGAUGUGAUGCAAGGAGUCCUUGGGGUCAAACCUCAUGUUCAAGAUACUGUGGAAGUUCAAAACUUUAGACAGAGAUGGCGCAACAAGUACCGAUCAGAAAAUCGAGGCACCUCAUUAAGUGAGCCCACAGUGUCUGGCCUCUAUGCUUAUGAUACCAUAUGGGCAAUAGCAUUAGCAGCAGAGAAGGCUGGAUAUGUGAAUGCAGACUUCCAGCCGUCUGUAAGAAACAACGGGUCCACUGACUUUGACAGAAUAGAUACUUCAGAGGGUGCUGAAAAACUGCGAGAUGCACUCCUGAAGGUCAAUUUUUCGGGUAUGAGUGGGAAAUUUCAGAUCAAAGAUAUGCAGUUAGUAUCAGUAAAUUACACGAUAAUCAACAUUGUUGAUCAGAAGAGAAGAUUGGUUGGCUUCUGGACUCCGAGAUCUGGCAUCUCUGGUAGUCUAAAUACAAAGGUUGAUCUUGACACCAUCAUAUGGCCAGGAUAUAAUAAAGCUGCACCUAGAGGUUGGCUAUUUCCAGUGAAUAAAACUCUCCAAAUUGCUGUACCUGUGAAGGCUGGAUUUGAUGAAUUUGUAAGAUUUGAAAAUGGCAAAGCUAUGGGUUUCUGCAUCGAUGUGUUUGAGGCGGUAGUUCAAUCAUUGCCCUAUGAUGUACCCCGUAACUAUGUGCAGUUCAGAGACGAGACAGGACAUAGUAAAGGAACCUAUGACGACCUAGUUUACAGUGUUUAUCUUGAGGAAUAUGAUGCAGUGGCAGGUGAUAUAACAAUCUUGGCCAAUCGUUCUUUAUAUGUGGACUUCACUCUUCCUUACACAGAGUCAGGGGUGCGCAUGCUGGUUCCGGUCCUGGACCGGAGAAAGAAGACUGCAUGGACAUUCCUUAAGCCUUUGACCACCGACCUAUGGUUAGGAACUGGGGCCUUCUUUUUCUUCACAGGUUUUGUAGUCUGGUGUAUUGAGCAUAGAACAAAUCAAGACUUCAGAGGCCCCCCAGCAAGUCAGAUUGGAUCUGUCUUGUACUUCUCCUUCUCAACUCUUGUGUUUGCUCAUAGGGAGAAGAUCGUGAACAACUUAUCAAGAAUUGUAGUUGUUGUUUGGCUUUUCGUGGUGCUGAUAGUGCAGCAGAGUUACACUGCAAGUUUAAGCUCAAUUCUCACAGUGGAACAACUUCAGCCAACAGUCACCAAUCUGGAAGAAAUUAUCAGGAACGGGAGCUAUGUUGGCUACCUCAACGAUUCUUUCUUGCCCAUGCUUUUGAAAAGGUUGAAAAUUGAUGAAUCAAAGGUGAUUCCUUUCGAUUCCCCUGAGGAAUACAAUGAGGCCUUGUCAUCUGGGAGAGUUGCCGUCAUUGUUGAUGAGAUACCAUACCUUAAGGUGUUCCUUAAAAAGUAUUGCCGAGACUACACUAUGGUUGGACCAACCUACAAGUUUGAUGGAUUUGGUUAUGCAUUCACUCGAGGCUCUCCACUCACAUCUGAUAUCUCGAGGGGAAUACUGAAAUUUGCAUCAAAUGGGACCAUGGAUGAGCUGCAGAAAGAUUUAUAUGGCCCUACGUCAUGCCCCGACAAAGAUGACUCCCAAACUUCAAGCAGCCUUACACUUAACAGCUUCAAGGGAUUGUUCAUCAUCACUGGAGCAUCUUCAAUGCUGGCACUAAUCCUGCACAUUGUCAUCACCGUUUAUACUCACCGACAUGAUUUUAACAGUGACAGCAGUCAUAGUUCAUGGCGCACAUGGCUUGCCAUUCUCUUGAAGAUCUUCCACGAGAGCGAUAGUCCUUCUAAUACUCCAGUUAAAGAUGAGCCCGCAAUGGCAAAUGUUGGUGGUACAGUUGAGAGCCCAGCCAGCCCACCAGAUUCAGACACAGAUACAGGAAGCCCACCUAAUCACAUUAUCACGAACCUGGAUUCAUACACAGAUACAGGAAGCCCACCAGACGUAGGAACACCAGGUCGAGAAGUUGCCGUUCAGGACGCAAAACCACUGUCAUUUGCGUACAUGCAUUCUGGGAGUGGGCAUAGUGGAGUAGCUUCUUUAUCUCGCAGCGGGAGCUCAAUCCGCAGGAGACAGAUAAGCAUGGAAUGAACAACUAGAUGAGCGCAUUAACUACUGAUCCCUGCAACUAUUUUAUUCAUUUAGCUGUCGAUAUAUAUAUUUAAGAUUUACAGUAUCUCUUUUGAACGCGUUAGCUUGAUGUAAGGCAUUGCCAGAUUAGCAAUUAACGCAAGUUAUGAGGAGCUAGUGAUCUGGAGCUCGUGGUUCCGAAAAAACAUGCAAAUUACUACUGGCCUGUUUCUUCAUUUCCGCAUGCCGCAAAAUUCCAUCAAACUGCCAAAUUCCGUAGUAUUGUAAGUUGGGGGGACCUGAUGCUGUUCUCCAGGACUACUGUUGUUUACUGCUGAUCUCUCUUCUCUAGCAUUCUGGCACUGUUACUGUAUGUUUGAUGAUAGCAACUGGUAAGGCACUUGAAAUGAAACGUUCCAUU